UUGUUGGUUUUAUUCAGACUCAAACUUACACGCUUGUUUUCUAGAAUCUAGUAGUCACUGCCAAAUGACCAAAGUCGUAUUCUCCUUCAUAAUCCUCCGAGUAUAGUAUUUGCAACCACUUGACUUCGAACUUCAUAACCAAAAUAACAUGUAACUAAAUUAGUUGCUAUGAUUCUUGUGCCAUGUAUAAAUAUUCAUCAUUUGUAGUAGUACAAUCCAAACACUAACUUACAGUAACUUUCCCCAUGAUGAUCUCAUCUCCCUCCAACUUUGGUAGUGUGUUCCUCAAUUAUCGAGGAGACCAAUUACGCUAUGGGUUCGUCAGUCAUCUCAUAGACGCCUUUGAGAGAUACGGGAUCAUGUUCUUUAUAGAUAAAGACGAGCAAAGGGGCAAAGAUUUGACAAACCUCUUUGUAAGGAUGAAAGAGUGUAAAAUCGCCCUGGUAAUCUUCUCUAGCAGGUACGCAGAAUCCAGCUGGUGCAUGGAUGAGCUGGUAAAUAUAAAGAAACGUGCAGAUAAAAGGAAGCUCGAAGUCAUUCCCAUCUUUUACAAGGUUAAGGCAAGAGAUGUGAGAGGACAAACAGGCAAGUUUGGUGACAAAUUUUGGGCACUAGCAAAGGUUUCUAGUGGAGAUCAGAUCAAGAAGUGGAAGGAUGCACUAGAAUGUAUCUCCAACAAGAUGGGUUUGUCCUUGAGAGACAGAAGUCCCGAAGCUGAUUUUAUUAAGGAAAUUGUUAAGGAAGUUGAAAGAGUUAGAACUGCAACUGUUCGCGGGGGUGCACAAAGUCAUCAUUGUAUCAAGUUUAUCCAGAAUAAAAGGAUAAAGAUUUGCAAAAACUUUCCAGAAGUUGAGGCGAAAAGUGUUGAAAUUGACCAUAUGAAUUUUUCCAACGCAAGUGGGGAAGAGGAACAAAAUCAAGAAGUUCUGGUACUUAGUCAUGAUUUUGUUAAAUGAUUUAUGUACAUAAACAAAGCACGAAGGGAUUGUAUUUGCCGUUAGAUAUGUUAUACAUUGCAAAGUUCUUUUCAAACACUAUUUACUUAUUCUGGUUAAUU